AUGAUUAAUGGAUUGAUUACAUGUAGUACUGUCAAGUACGUGUCGACUACACAACUUUUAGAGUUUAAAUUUGAAAUCUUUUCCCCGCGCCAAGCCUCCACUGCCUGGCGCGCACCCUUGCGGACUCAUAUUGUUUUGUUGUGUCGACGACAACAGACAAAAAUAAAAAUCAGCUUAGACAUGGGAAAAUCUAAAAAGCGUUCUAGAUCACGCUCUAGAUCUCGUUCCCAAGAUCGUCCAAGGUCAAGAAGACGCAUGCAGGAACAACUUGACAUGCUGGCAAAGAGCGUACACGAGUUAAUAAAACAACAGGCAUCUCAGAAUGCGUUAAUUAAUUCUAAUCAGCAUAAUAAGGACAUUAGCAGUAAUAAGGAAAACACCCCAGCCAACAAGGCUCAAGAGGUUAUACCCGCCAAAAAGAAUGAGGUACCAGCCACAGAGGCUGACAAUGAAGUACAAAAAUCACCAGAGGUGAUUACUGAGGAAACUCAGAACCAAGUUGAGAAGGUCACUGAUUCUAUGGAGGAAGGACAGCUUGAUGACGAGAAUUACGAGCUAGAUGAUGAACUUCGAGAAGUCUUGGGGGAGGAGAUUCCUGUCACAAAGGCUCCAGUUAAGAUUAAUGAUAAUCUUAAGAAAUGGUGGCAAGAUUGGAUGUCAAAAGGCUUGACUGAGGAGGCGAGAAAAUCUCUGCUCAAAAAACAACCUAAAAAUGAAGAUUUUAGGUCUGAGGCUCCUAAAGUUAACCUUGAGGUGCAGCGUCACUUGACUGACAUAGCCAAGAAGCGCGAUGAUCACUUCGCUGAGACACAAAGCUGCGUAGGAGCAGCUAUUCUGUUACUAAGCUCAGCUGUAUCACUAUUAUCUGAUAACUCAUCAGAGUCUAUAGAUCAGAUAAGCCUGGUUAAAAGUCUUUGGGAUACCGGGAAGAUUUUAUGUGAUGUCUUUCAUCAACAGUCAGUAGCCAGGAAGUCUUUCAUCACACCGACUUUAGAUAAAGAUAUAAAACCAACACUAGAGGCGAGUGUCCCUGAUGAAUGGCUUUACGGUGAGAAGCUUAAUGAGAAAGUUAAAGAUGCGAAGGCAAUAGUGAAAGCUGCUUCAACAUUGAAGACCGCAGAAAAACCAGCAGCUAAAAAACAAGCUCCUAGGAACCUCUCUCAGGGAAACUUCAGAGGCCCACCUGCGAGAUUCAGGCAGGUGGGCACUUACCAGAGGAGAUUUGUUACGAACCCAAAAUACAGGCAGAGACACACUGCGACAGCGGGAACGUCGAAAACAGCUCAGAAGACGAUCACGGAGAAGAGCGCGAAAACUCAAGUUAAGAAAAUGCUUGAUUCUGUUGAGUUAGGUAGUCGUUAUAGAAUAAGGUUUAUAGCACAAUUGAUUGGAGUCCUGAUAGCAUGUAUUCCGGGAGUAGAAUAUGGAAGGGCAUAUAGUAAAAGAUGGCUCGUAUUUGCUCAAGAAAAUAAAAUUGAUGCCUUUGAACCAGCAAGCACUGAAGUCAUUAGUUUCCUGACAUCGCGAUUUAACGAAGGUGCAAAAUACGGAACCCUGAACUUAUCAAGAGCUGCCAUCUCUCUUAUAUCGAAGAACAGUCUCUCAAAUGAUCCUCUAUUAUCGAGAUUCAUUCGAGGAACUUACAAGAUAAGGCCAGCGCGUCCCAAAUACUCAGAAACCUGGGACACGGACAUAGUACUUACGUAUAUUGAAAAGAUGACAGAUCUGGAUAAGUUGAAACUAAAAGAAUUAACAGAGAUUACAGCAACACUGUUAAUCCUCAUUACAGCCCAUAGAUUGCAAACCUUAGCCUUAAUUAAAACAGAAAAUAUAAUAGAAUCAACUGUUGGGUUGAAGAUAAAAAUACCUGAUCUGAUUAAAACGUCUAGACCAGGAGAAAAGCAGCCAAUACUUUCAAUUCCUUUCUUCAAGGAUAGGAGAAACAUUUGCCCAAUCCACCGAAAUCGUUAA